AUGGUGUAUGUGCAUUUGCCGACUUACCUUCCCGUCGCGGUAGUCGGUGAUGUGAUCUUGCUUUUGACCUACCUGCUUUCUGUCUCCCGAAGAUGUCCACGACCUCGCCCUUCGACAUCACUCCUAUAUUUGCUGAACCCAUUCACUCUGGUCCGGCUCUGUUUGGCCGUCUACCUCUGUUUGGCACUCUCGGUUCGCUUGGCAGCUCUCUGGGACCACACCCAACAGGUUCAAGAUGUCGACCACAAUGAGGGAAGUGACAGCAUGCCAGGUGGAGCAAUGCCCAGCCAGCUGCGCCGGUUGCUUGACGUCCUCGACAGCAGUGUCGGAUCGCAUGCCCGUAGGCUCGGUGGUAACCCAUGGACUGAACCACCAGAGUCGAUCGUGGUCAAAGGUCUGAAGAAUAUCAGAGGGUAUUUCGAAGACCUGUAUGCGGAGCCCUGCCGGAUCAAGCGCAGCAGCGUCAAGGUUGUCCUUGUCGGUCAGGAAGGCGCAGGGAAAACGAGGUCAGCUAUGCGAUGGCCCUGCUGUUAUCCGUCAUCCACUGCUGCACUCUCACCAAACAUUGGUUGGUCGGAAUCGUUCGAUACAACGCAGUUGACACAGUGUGGUAUUAUUUCAAGCUCGAUCAACCAUACUACACUCAGUUGUCGCUUUUCCCCAGAGAAUCGUUUGUUUUCUGGAGAGCGGUAGCCACACGUGCCGUUUCACGCCUGAACCUUCCAUGCGCGACUCCGAUUGUACUUGGUCUUGUACCUAGAGUGAGUGAGUGAUCGCACCACCUCUAGACCGCGACUCUAGCAACUCGACCGCUUCAAAGCCGAAAACCUGAUGAGAGAUGGAAGAACGUUGUCGACAAUAUCGUCCAAACCUCUCGUUUAGGGACUGGUGCUCUCUUAGUUGUGGAGUACUUGAGUUUUGAAAGUC